AUUGUUCACAUCAAAUUCAAUAAAAUACUUAACAUGCCUUUAUUUAGUCCAUGUUUAGCUUCAUAACCAAAGAACUAUUUUUAAUUUGGAAUACAGAUGUUAUGUUUGGUCUUGUUUUUAGAAACAGCUUUCAGAAAAUUUAAAUAACUAGAAAACAGUUUAAAAACAUAGAACAGAAGAUGUGGAGAUGUUGUUUUCUGGAAGAAAAAAAAACCAGAAAUUAAAGCCAAAUAGGACCUUAGUGUAUUUUUUAACCAAGUCUGGAAGUGUCUUCAAGUUUUGACUCAGUAAUGCAUAAUUCAUAAAUAUUAUUACAUGUUGUUAGCCUAAAAUAGAUUUCAGUGUCCAUGCCCAUGUCCGAGUGUCAGACAAGGGUACUUAAGGCAAAAUGAAGAGGUGGGAUAACAGACUUUAAUGUCUUAUAAACUUCCUCUGCUAGUAAUGUAGACUUGGUCUGGAUAUAUUUCUUUUAGCUCCAAGACAGAAUGACAGAUCAUUGCUUAUAAUACGCAACCUCAAUUAUUUUUUUUUUACCAUCUUCUGUGAUGCUUGAUGUGAUAGCUUUAUUGGUCAAGGUUGUUCAACUAAGGUGCAUGGAUUUUUGAUUGCCAAUGUCCUUCUGGAAAACUUUUAAGGUGGCAUGGAUCUUGGCAGUCUAUUACAGCAGUCUAGGAAACUGAUAAAUUAGUGGAUAACUAUAGUUUAACACUGUGGUAAGACCUGUUUCUUGUGAAACAUAUUUAGUUACCAAACUUAGAGCUGCUCCCAAAGUCUUGUCUUAGUACGUAAGUAAGAUUGUCAUUGUAGUCGACUGACUUACGAAUUUUUGUGUAAAAUUGCAAACUUCACUAGCUAGUGCUAGGCUUUCGAUUUUGCAUAUCAGAAUGUGCCACUAUUUACGAUGCUCUGUUAAUGAGAGCUGAUUAUUACGAGGUAAUACAUCCUUAGGAGGCUUGGAAUAUACUUCUUGUCAAAUCAAAUUAACUUUGGUGCAAACUAAAAGACAAAGUGAUUGGAGAAACCAAAGGAUUAUAGACAACCUCAUCAAAUCUGGUUCUUAUAUGUUUGCAAAAUUGGGCCAAAUUUACUUAUAUGAAGCACAACCAUCCACCUCUAGGUGUCAGUAUAUCUCCCCUUCACUUCAGGCAGUUGAUAGCGGAUAGCCAGAUAUAUGAAUGGUAAAAAAAUAUGUGAUGUAAAUGUAAUUUUCUAAUUCUAUAAAGGUUUCUGCAAUUAUGGGUUUGUAUCUGAUUGAUGGGAUAUUUAUUAGUUGAUAUUCAGAUUUUAGAUUCUAAAGGUUGUACUACAGGAGUUGUCAAUUGAAUUUACAUCAACAAUUGGAAACUAAAAUAUAACAUUUGUAGUAGGAAAGAUUCUGCAGGCUUUUAGAAAAACUAGAGGAACCAUCUUAUGUAACCGGAUAUAUUCAUCAUCUGGUCAAAACAAGGUUUUUUUGUCACUUGCGAUAAAAAAAUUCUCUACAUUAUUGUUCUCAUGGUGUUGGCUCUUUUUUAGUGGUGUCAUGUUACUUUAGUAAAAUAAACGUUAUUACUGAACUGAAAUUUUAGUUUGGCUACAUUAUUAGCUGGUUUAACAAAUGUUCACUAAAGUAAACAAAAAAAAUAUGUUUAUCGUACAUACAACAAGUCAACAUUACAUAUAUAAGAAAAUAUGAUUACUAUUACUAUCGUUUUAUUUCACUUAAACACAUAGAAUCAGUUUCUUUGGGUAAAUUGGUUUCUCCCUUGUUUAUGUGAUAUUUAAUUACGAGUAAUUGCUGAACAAUUUCAUAAUUUUGUUUAUUGUUUGUUUAUAGUAGUUGUGCACCUCUUAGGAGAAAACACUUGAUUUCGUCAUUUAAAGUACUGUUAGUGAAUAAAGGUUUUCAAUUAUCUACGGAUGGAAUCACUACAUUGAGAGGAUAGCCUGAUCAGCACGGCACCAACUGACAGAAAGAUGACUACUCUGAAUACAGAUUCCAAAAGAUCAUCGUAUUCUGCUAGCAUGAAAAAUCUAUAUAUGAGGAGUGCCAUACACCGUAUAUUUCAGAGUAUAAAAAUCGUCCUUCUCUCCAACAAAAUGACCUUUCUAUUAGCUUUUGGCCCUUUAGCCAUACUGAUUCAUGGAUUGACAAGUCAGCAAGGUUGGGUCUUUGUCUUCAGUUUAGUAGGUAUCAUACCUAUGGCAGAGCGGUUGGGUUGGGCUACAGAGCAACUGGCAUAUAACACUGGAGAAACAGCUGGGGGUCUUCUAGACGCUAUUGGAAAUGCAACAGAAUUAAUUAUAUCCAUUGCUGCAAUGAAAAACGGCAUGCUACGCGUUAUUCACCAGUCAUUACUGGGCUCGAUUCUGUCCAACAUGUUGCUCAUGCUGGGUUUUGCAUUUUACAGUGGUGGACUUGUUCAUCCUAAUAAGCAACAAGUGUUUGGUAAGGCUCUGAUGAAUGUAGGAGUACUCUUUAACACAGUAAUGAUCCUUCAGAUCCCAGCAGUUCUCCACUUUUCACAAUCAGAGUUGCAUUUUGGAAAUUCUGAAUUAGUUCUUUCAAGGUUUAGCAGCUGUGUCAUGCUCACAGCAUAUGUCGUGUAUCUUUUUUUUCAACUAACAAGCCAGAAUAGUAUGUAUACUCCAAUCAAAGAGGAAGAGAGCAACGAGGAAAGCAGCGAUGAUGAGAACGACGAUGAUGAAAAAGUCCCUCUGAUCUCAAAACGGGAAUCAAUUAUAUGGCUCAUUGUUUUGACUUCUUGGAUAUCCAUACUCUCAGAUUACCUAGUAAAUGCCAUAGAGGGGGCAUCUGUUGCUCUGAAUAUGCCGGUUGCUUUUAUAAGUGUUAUUUUACUACCAAUAGUGGGAAAUGCUACAGAACAUGCAGGUGCUAUUAGGUUUGCUAUGGAAGAUAAGCUUGACCUUUCUCUGGAAAUGGCCAUAGGAUCAUCGACACAGAUUGCUAUGUUUGGGAUUCCUUUUUGUGUGGUUUUUGGGUGGAUUUGUGGCUAUCCAGUGGAUUUGAACUUUCAACCUUUUGAGACUGCCACUGUUUUUAUGACUCUUAUAGCAGUGGCUUUCAUGCUGCAGGAGGGAAAUUCAAAUCACUAUAAAGGACAGAUGCUCCUCCUUUGCUAUCUGAUACUGGCUGCAACUUUCUACGUACAUAGAGAUCCUCUAUCUUCAGUUGUGCCGCCUGUUAACAAUGGUGUUGUAGAGGACAACCCCUAGAAAUAUCUAUCAGUUAGCUUCAAUGCGAGAUCAUGCUUUGGGCUUUUGAUAAGUAUAAAGGGCUUCAGGAGUCGAGGUAGUAAUUCUGAUGGUGAGUAAGUGACCGAUGGUGAAGAGACCGAAAGGUGUCCGGUGUCCUUAUGGCUUUGAAGAGGUUGUUUGUUGACAAGUAAAUAUUCAGUAAUUUCAAAUUUUCACAAAGUAUGUAAAACAGGGUCAAUGCUUUAAUUUUAGAAUGAAUACAUAUUUUGUUAUCUUUAAAAAAAUAUAUAUAUAAAAUUGUUUCAUAUUUA